AUGGCACAAGAGCCUAGGCCAGAGCACGAGGUCGGCCAAGGAAUAGGUUCCUCGGUUGGUAACGAUGCUACCGGCCCCACGGAAGUACCUGCUUCCUCUACUGAUCAGCCAGAACAGCCAGCCCAGCCUGUUCAGCCAGUACAGCCAGUACAGCAACCUCACGGCAUAUACGCUGGUGGCGUUGGUGAUGGUGAUGGCAAUGAUAUUGGUGAUGACGACGACGAUGGAGACGCCGACUCUGCGCUCGACGUACGCUCCAUAGGGACGGUUAGCGACUCCUUAACGUCGAGUAUUCUGAGAUUCCGUGUGGAGAAUGGUCGGACGUACCAUUCGUACAAAGACGGUUAUCUGCAGCACAAUCUGUGCAUGAUGACCCUUGGCUGGAAACUGUACAUAUCCCCGAUCGACCAGAGGCCUGUUAAUCGAGUGCUUGACAUUGGUUGUGGCACUGGGGUCUGGUCCAUGGAGUUUGCCGAUGACCAUCCAGAGGCCCAUGUCAUUGGCAUUGAUCUUAGUCCAAUACAACCCAGCUUUGUCCCACCAAAUGUUAGUUAUUACAUCGACGACGUAGAGGCCGAAUGGACAUACAGCACGCCUUUCGAUUUUAUAUUCACCCGAAUGAUGCUAGGUUCUAUCAAGAACUGGCCAGAAUUCUUUCGGCAGACUUUUGAGAAUUUAACCUCAGGCGGCUACUUCGAGAGCUUUGAAGCCGUGUUUCCAGUACGUUGUGACGAUGGCACUUAUCCACAAGAAUGCGCCCUUCGCAAGUGGUUCGAACUCCUGAACGAGGGUACGGAAAAAGUAAGAACUGAGCUCCCUACGUUGGAGGUGCAAAAGCAAAGGCUGGCCGACGCCGGCUUCGUCAACAUUGUGACAAGGGAGUACAAGUGGCCGAUGAACACGUGGCCGAGCGACAAGAAGCAAAAAGAAUUCGGUUCGCUCGUCUUGGCGAACCUGGAAGAAGGGAUCCAGGGCAUGACCAUGGCCAUGUUCACGAGAGUGCUCGGCUGGACAAAGGAACAGGUUGAGCUUUUCCUGGUGGAUGUGCGGAAGGACAUUCGCAACACCAAUAUACAUGUUUAUUAUCCCAUCGUCGUGAUUUCAGCUCAAAAGCCUGAACAAUGA